AUGAGUGUGGGCAGUGAUAAAGCAGCAGCCUCGCUCUUCCAGCCGUGUCGUGGUUCCUGUCUCCGCACCUUGUCCGGUGGCCUCCUGAAGGCGCUGCUCAGCGACUCUUAUGUGGAGCUCAGCGAGUACCGGGACCAGCACUUCUGGGGUGACAAUGAAGAACAAGAAAAAUUACUGAAGAAAAGCUGUACGCUAUAUGUUGGAAAUCUCUCCGUUUAUACAACUGGAGAGCAGAUUUAUGAGCUCUUCAGCAAGAGUGCUGAUAUAAAGAAGAUCAUCAUGGGUCUGGACAAGAUGAAGAAAACGGCCUGUGGCUUCUGUUUUGUGGAGUACUACUCGAGAGCAGAUGCGGAGAACGCUAUGCGGUACAUAAACGGAACCCGUCUGGAUGACCGGAUCAUACGCACAGACUGGGACGCAGGCUUUAAGGAGGGCAGGCAGUACGGAAGUGGUCGGUCUGGGGGUCAGGUUCGAGAUGAGUAUCGGGGUGACUACGAUGCUGGGAGAGGCGGCUAUGGCAAGCUGGCACAAAAACAGUGAGUGGUGAGAGCCCCAAGUACACAGCUCACUCUGUUGAUGAACAUUACCCAAGGUCUGAUCAGUAUCUCUGCUGCACUGGAAGCCAUUUCUGGUUUUCCUCUGAACUAUAAAAGACA